UCACCCACCCAAAUAGCCAUUCAUUCUUCUUACUAUCCCUUCUUAUUAUCACCUCCACAUUUUAAAGUUUCUAUAAAAUCAUCAUAAUUAUGUCACUAUUGUUUAUGAAAAAAACUUCACUAGAAAAGUCCUUGAAGUUUCUUAAGACUCAAUAAAGCACAAAUAUAAAAGGCCUACUAUUAUAGUCAUUAGUAAUUUAAACCAUUUGGUGUUUCUUGAUUAGUUACACAUACAAUUACAACAUUGUUGUUGUAGUUGUUGUGUUUCUGACAUUGUGGGACAGAAUCUUUGUGUUUCUUUCUUUUCUUCAUUCAUGGGGUUGUUCUUAGCUUAGCAGACAAGCACAUAAAGCAAAAAAAAAAAAAAACUUUUUUUUUCAUCAACUUUUGACAUUUCUUGAUAGUAUAGGAAAGUUGUCACAAUAAAUUCCCCUUGAAUAUUUCAUUAUGAGUAGUAAAGAAUUGUUAAGAAUGAAGAGUAAGAAUAAGGUGAAUGGGAAUGGAUCACUUUCAUCAUCAGGAUGGGAGAUGAGGCCAGGAGGAAUGUUAGUACAAAAGAGAAGUUCUGAUCAUUCAAAUCAAAGUUCAAUGAUAGUUCCAACAAUUAGACUCAAAGUCAAAUAUGGUUCAUCUUAUCAUGAAGUCAAAAUCAGUUCACAAGCAACUUUUGGGGAGUUGAAGAAAAUGCUAGCAGGACCAACUGGAUUACAUACUGAAGAUCAGAAAAUAUUUUACAAGGAGAAAGAAAAGGAUUCAAGAAGUUUUCUUGAUGUUGCUGGUUUAAAAGAUGGAUCAAAACUUGUACUAAUUGAGGAUGAAAUAAGCAAAGAAAAGAGAUAUCUUGAAUCAAGAAAAAAUGCAAAAAUGGAAAAUGCAUCAAAAGAAAUCACAACAAUUAGACUUGAAAUUGAUAAGUUAGCCAAACAGGUUGGCAAUGUUGAAAUGGACAUAUAUGGUGGCAAAAAAGUAACAGAGACUUUGCUAUUGAGUUUGAUUGAAUUAUUGAUGACACAAUUGAUUAAGUUGGAUGGUAUUACUGCUGAUGGUGAUCUCAAAUUACAAAGAAGAAUGCAGGUGAAAAGGGUGCAAAAAUACAUAGAGACUCUUGACAUGUUGAAAAUAAGAAAUUCAGCACUUGGAAAUCACAAUGCCAAUGUGCCAAUGCACAACAAAAAUAGAACAUUCACAGGACAAAUGCCAAAAUCAAUUUACUAUCAACAAGAACAAAGGAAGAUGGGAAAUUUUGCUGAUCAAACAAGCCCAGGGCCAGUUGUGGUGACAACAAAAUGGGAAACUUUCUGAGAACUGAUAAAUUAAUUUUUUUAAAAAAGCCUAAGGAAUAUCAGUGUGCGCUUUGGGAAAACAAUUAAUUUUAAUUGCAUAUUUUUAUAAUGGCUUUGGUGGAAAGGAUAUAAAGUUAGGGGGGUAUAGUAAUAAAUUUUGGUUUGUGAAUUCAUUUGCCUUCAUUAUUUCUCUAUUUAAAUAUAGAGAAACAUAAUGUGGUGAUAUGUGGCAUUUGAAUUCCAAGUUGUAUAAAUGUAUAUAUAAUAUAUAUAAUGCCAGCUCCUGGUGAAUUAGAUAA